UCAUUUCUGAAAUGAAUGACCGCAGAAAACAAUCAGAGCUGACCCAAAAAAUUGUAAAUAGUUAUAGAUGCGUGAAAUCAAAAUACUCAUUAUUGAUUUGUGCCUGUAAAAGAAUUAACUGUGUAAUUGGAUACAGUAGUGAGUGUAUAGACUACAGUCCUCAAGCAUCAAAAAAUGUGAAGAAAAAAUAAAUAAAACAAUCAAUCAUUUUAGGCUUGUUGUUAUUCCAUAAAAUGAGAGAGACAGACAGAGAGAGAAUAGAGAGAGACCACUCUGUGGUUGAGCAUAGUAGUUUGCAUGGAGUGUGUGCUGGGAGGAGAGAACUUGUCUCAUUGGUCGGCCGCGCAGAACGUCGAAGUUAACUGCUGAAGUGAACACAAGGCACUGCUGCAGCGAGUGGGAGAGAGGGAGGAGGUUUGAGGAAGAAGAGAAGUAGGAGGUCAGAGGAAGAAGAGAGAAGUUGGGAAAGUUUGAGUGGAAGCAGUCGUUACUGGCUGACUGAGAGAAAGCCGUAGAGAGGGAGCUUGUCAGCGAGGUUGAUAACUAUACCGUUGAACAGACACAAGUCUGCCAGUCCGUGGCUCACCCGUGGCUAUUGGAGUUUAAUGAAACGUUUCAGACGCGUACUCGCCUCGUCUCCCUAAGCUUUUUGGGAUUAGAUGCAUUUGUCUUCACGAUGCGGAACGAUCCCUUUCUGUUCGCUUCCCGGGCGAUGGAGGAGCUGGUGUCAGAGCUGCGUGUCUUCCUGGACCUGUUGGACAGGGAGUACCUGAGCGCCGGCGUCCGGGAAAAGAAAACCCACAUUUCCAACAUCCUCAACCGCAUCCUCAACGCUCAAGAGCCCUCUUAUAAGGCAGAGAUCCACAGUUCUCUUCCGGCCCCUCCUCAGAUGCCCCUCCCGGAGAUCCCGCAUCCCUGGCUGCCUCCAGAUAAUGGGCCGCCCCCCCUGCCCAGCUCCUCCCUGCCCGAGGGCUACUAUGAGGAGGCCGUGCCACUGAGUCCUGGGAAAGCCCCAGAGUACAUCACCUCCAACUAUGACUCGGACGCGAUGAGCAGCUCGUACGAGUCGUACGACGAGGAGGAGGAGGACGGGAAGGGCCAGAAGAUGCGUCACCAGUGGCCCUCUGAGGAGGCCUCCAUGGACCUGGUGAAGGACGCGCGCAUCUGUGCCUUCCUGCUGCGCAAGAAGCGCUUCGGCCAGUGGACCAAGCUGCUGUGCGUCAUCAAGGACAACAAGCUGCUGUGCUAUAAGUCAUCCAAAGACCAGACGCCCCAGAUGGAGCUCCUGCUGGCCGGCUGCAGCAUAACCCACAUCCCCAAAGACGGCAAGAAGAAGAAGCACGAGCUCAAGAUCGUCCACCAGGGGGCCGACGCCCUCGUCCUGGCCGUCCAGAGCAAGGAGCAGGCCGAGGAGUGGCUCAAGGUGAUGAGAGAGGUGUGUGCCAACGGGAACGGACACAUCGAGUCAGACGGCGUGGGCUCGGGGUCACCAGUGCACAAGGCUGAACUAGAGAAGAAGCUGUCCUGUGAUCGACCCAGUUCAGAUGGAGAGCCCAACCACGAGAACGGAGUAACAGUAACAGAUACUAAGGACCAUGCCAAAGGGAAGAAGAACUCUAAGUCGGAGCAAAAAGGCAGUGUGAGUAAAGUCGCCGGAAAGAAGAUCACAAAGAUCAUCGGCCUGGGCAAGAAGAAGCCAUCCACUGAUGAACAGACCUCCUCCGCUGAAGAAGAUGUUCCAACGUGUGGCUACCUGAACGUGCUGUCCAAUAACCGCUGGCGGGAGCGCUGGUGCCAGCUGAGGGACAACCAGCUGCUGCUGCACAAGGACCGCACGGACCUGAAGAGCCACAUCGCCGCGCUGCCCCUGCGUGGCUGCGAGGUCAUCCCCGGCCUCGACUCCAAACACCCCUUCGCCUUCAGGCUGCUGCGCAACGGCCAGGAGGUGGCCGUGCUGGAGGCCUCCUCUUCAGAGAGUAUGGGCCGCUGGUUAGGGGUCUUGCUUGCAGAGACGGGCUCCACCACAGACCCCGCCGCCCUGCACUAUGACUACAUUGACGUGGAGACCACUGCUAACGUCAUCCAGCUGGCCAAGCAGUCCUUCUGUUUCACCAGUAAGCGUGCCGUGUCGCCCAAUCCCUAUCUGGACAACCCGGUGAAUGGCUACGCUUGCCCCUCCGGAGUCGCUCUGCACUACGAUGAUGUGCCCUGUAUCAACGGAAUGCUGAAGGGGAAGAAGGGCCUGGUCACCAACGGGACGGCCUCCAAGCAGAAGGCGGAGAAGAACCCGGCCAAGAAGGGCAGCGCCACCAAUGGAACCGCACAAGUCAAACGUGUCAACUCCAGCGUGGACCAGUACAAGUACGGGAAGAACCGCGUGGAGGCCGACGCCAAGAAGCUGCAGACCAAGGAAGACGACCUGAUGAGGAGGAAGCAGGAGAUCCGCAGCCGCCUCACUGUGCUCAAGAAGGACCGCGUGGACCUGCGCACAGCCAUCGAGACCAACACAGGCAAGCGCGCUCAGGCUAACCUGACGGAGCGUCUGAAGAAGGUGGAGGACGAGUGUCGGCUGAAGGAGAAGGAGCGCGUGGAGCUGGAGCUGGAGCUGACGGAGGUGAAGGAGAGCCUGAAGAAGGCCCUGAGCGGAGGAGUGACCCUCGGCCUCACCAUCGAGCCCAAGGGCACCUCAUCCUCCAGCCCGCAGUCCCCAGUGUUCAUGCGGCGUACGACAGAGAACUCGCCCAUCUCCAGCUGUGACACCAGUGACACAGAGACCUGCUCUCUGCCUGUCAACAGCGCCUCCCUGCUGCGCAGACACGCCACGCAGAAAACCCCACCUGUACGCGGCCACGUGCUCAGGAAGGCCAAGGAAUGGGAGAUGAAGACCGGCACAUAAACCCUUCAUUCUCUUCAUUUUGCUUUUCCUCUUUUCAUUGUAUAUAUUUAUUUAUAAUUGGCUUAUAGGAAGGAUGCUGUAGAGGAGUCCAGCCUAGACUACAUGGUGCAUGACACAAAAGACCCAGGGGCCUCAAUUUUUGUUAUUUUAUUUUUAUUUAUGCUUUGAUUAUAUCUGCCCACAAAGAGACAGGCGACAUUAUGACGAUCAUUACUUUCUCAGCUUUAUAAUACCAUGUAUUAUACUGACCUACUUACAGUCACGUACAGUCAUGCAGUUUCAUAAACACCCACUUAACCGUUGAUCGCGAAACAUGUAUCUCUAAAUAUCGACAGCCUCCUUCCUCAUUCUGUUGGGUUUAAAGCCAUCUAUCAAUAGGAAAAAAGCCCUUAAGUACCUUAAGUAUUUAUUUGUAAAUGUUUUAAGUAAAUACUAGCAUCCCUGUGACUUUCUUUCGUUUUUUUAUUUUUUUUUUCAUUUUUAUUUAUGGUAAUAUUUAAAGCUUUGUUUUGUUUUCAAUUCAUUUUAUAUGGCCUCAUCUCGGAUGCGUAGCAGUUUUCAUAGUAAUUUGUGCGUGUGUGUGUGUGUGUGUGUGUGAGUGUGUGUGUUUGUGUGCUCUUGUGUGUGUCUCUUUGUGUGUGUGUG